UUCUCUUUCUGUGAUAAUCUUCUCUAUGACCUCUUCUUGUUGACUUUUCUCCUGGUGUUGGGCACAAAAAGGAAGGAUGCUGAAGAAUGGGUGCCCUCCUUUUGGCUUUUAGAACAUGGGCACUUGUGUAAAGAUGCAGCUGUGAUCCUCGGCUGUGUGUCUCACCGAAGGGACCUGAUGUUUUACAUUAUUGGUGGGGUCACGGUAUCUGUGGUAGCUUUCUUCUUCACCAUUAAGUUCCUCUUUGAGCUUGCCGCACGUAUAGUCAGCUUCCUUCAGCAUGAGGACCGGGAACGCCGAGGGGAGCGAACUAUUUAUGACUACGUGCGAGGCAACUACCUGGAUCCCCGGUCCUGCAAAAUCUCCUGGGAUUGGAAGGACCCCUAUGAGGUGGGCCAUAGCAUGGCCUUCCGAGUGCAUUUAUUCUAUAAAAAUGGGCAACCCUUCCCUGCUCACCGGCCUGUGGGACUGCGAGUUCACAUCUGCCAUGUGGAGCUAGCAAUUGAUAUUCCUGUAACCCAGGAAGUUCUUCAGGAGCCUAAUUCCAAUGUGGUGAAAGUGGCCUUCACUGUGCGCAGGGCUGGGAGAUAUGAGAUCUCUGUAAAACUCGGUGGCUUGAAUGUGGCCUACAGCCCCUACUACAAGGUGUUUCAGCCAGGAAUGGUGGUUCCUUCCAAAACCAAAAUUGUCUGCCAUUUCUCCACUCUGGUGCUGACCUGUGGGCAGCAGCACACUCUGCAGAUAGCUCCCAGAGAUGAGUAUGACAAUCCCACCAGCAAUUCUGUGUCCCUGAUAGAUGAGCACAACUACAGCCUCUCCAUCCAUGAGCUGGGUCCUCAAGAAGAAGAGAGCUCUGAUGUUGUUUUUGAGAAGUCUGUGGUGUCCAAUCGCCAGACUUGUGAAGUGUUCUUCCGACUCACCUUGCACUGUAGGGGGUGUUUCCAUGCCUGCAUCUCCUACCAGAACCAGCCCAUAAGCAAUGGUGAUUUUGACAUCAUUGUUUUAAGUGAGAAUGAAAAGAACAUUGUAGAACGCAAUGUGUCCACCUCAGGUGUCAGUAUUUACUUUGAAGCCUACCUUUAUGAUGCUCCCAGUUAUACCAACACACAGUGGCAGCUUCCACCAACGCACCUGAGCUCCUCCCAGCGCCGUCCUUCUACUGCAACCGAGGAUGAAGACGAAGAUUCUCCCUCUGACAGCCAAACCCCUGAGAAAGUGAAGAAACCUAAAAAAGUGUACUGCUAUGUGUCACCUAAGCAAUUCUCAGUGAAAGAAUUUUACCUGAAGAUCAUUCCAUGGCGCCUUUUCACCUUUAGAGUUUGUCCUGGCACAAAGUUUUCAUACCUUGGUCCUGACCCUGUGCACAAAUUACUGACACUGGUGGUGGAUGAUGGGAUCCAACCCCCUGUGGAGCUCAGCUGCAAGGAGAGGAACAUCUUGGCAGCCACUUUCAUUCGCUCUCUGCAUAAAAACAUAGGAGGUUCAGAGACCUUCCAGGACAAAGUGAACUUCUUUCAGCGAGAGCUGCGUCAGGUGCAUAUGAAAAGGCCUCAUUCCAAGGUCACACUGAAGGUCAGCCGUCACUGUCUGCUGGAGUCGUCUUUUAAAGCAACACGAAAUUUUUCUGUUUCUGACUGGAGCAAAAACUUUGAAGUGAUUUUUCAGGAUGAAGAAGCUCUGGACUGGGGAGGUCCACGCCGAGAGUGGUUUGAGCUCAUCUGUAAGGCGUUAUUUGAUACCACAAGUCAGCUCUUUACACGCUUUAGUGAUAACAACCAGGCCUUGGUGCAUCCAAAUCCAGGGCGUCCCACGUACUUGCGACUCAAAGUGUACGAGUUUGCAGGCCGCCUGGUAGGAAAAUGCCUUUAUGAGUCAUCCCUGGGAGGUGCUUACAAACAGCUGGUGCGAGCUCGCUUCACCCGAUCCUUCCUGGCUCAGAUCAUUGGACUUCGUAUGCAUUACAAGUAUUUUGAAACAGAUGACCCAGAAUUCUAUAAAUCCAAAGUUUGUUUCAUACUGAACAAUGAUGUGAGUGAGAUGGAUCUGGUCUUUGCUGAAGAGAAGUACAGCAAAACAGGACAGCUGGAGAAGGUGGUGGAACUGGUGGCAGGAGGGGCUCAAAUACCAGUAACCAAUGAAAACAAAAUCUUGUAUCUCAAUCUGCUUGCGCAGUACAGGCUGGCCAAUCAAGUUAGAGAGGAGGUGGAUCACUUCCUGAAAGGUCUUAAUGAGUUAGUUCCUGAAAACCUCUUGGCUAUUUUUGAUGAAAAUGAGCUUGAGUUGCUUAUGUGUGGUACUGGAGAUAUCAGUGUCUGUGACUUCAAGGCACAUGCUGUAGUCGUAGGAGGAUCUUGGCACUUCCGUGAGAAGGUUAUGAGGUGGUUUUGGACCGUGGUCUCCAGUUUCACGCAGGAAGAGCUGGCCAGGCUCUUACAGUUCACAACUGGUUCCUCCCAACUGCCCCCAGGAGGGUUUGCUGCACUUUGUCCAUCUUUCCAGAUCAUUGCAGCUCCAACUCACAGCACUUUGCCGACAGCCCACACUUGUUUUAACCAGCUGUGCCUCCCUACUUAUGAUUCCUAUGAGGAAGUGCACAAGAUGCUGCAGCUAGCUAUCAGCGAGGGUUGCGAGGGCUUUGGCAUGCUGUGAUUUCCCCUUUCCAGGAGACCACUUAUCCUCCUGGCGCUUCGUGGCAGGACCCAGGUGCAGUCCUCUGCUUUUUCUCCUUCCCUUCACACAGGGAAUGGAGGCAGAGCAAAGACUCCAUGUAAAGGAAUUUGUCAUCCAGAAGAUGUCACGUGGCCUUUCUGCAUCCCAGAUGUGUCAUCAAGAGCUCAUCUUUUCCCUUUCUCUCAUUCUCCCUUUGGUUCAGUGUGAAGCAGUAAAAGGACUGCGGUACAUGCAUCAAGGAGAUAUUGCACUUGAUUUCCAUGCACCCUGUAUACCCAUCCUUCUGUGGUAAGACGAAGUUCAUAAGCAGAAGUUAAAGUGAGAUGCAGGAGAUUUGCUGAGCUGCCUUUAUCGUAGCUCUCUGGGAGGAAGAGGGGAAACCAGCAUGGAGCUUUGCUGGAAACCUGGCUUGCAGGAGGCCUUGGUAACUUUCCAUGUCUUGGCUCAACUCCCCCAGUGAUGCUUCCCCAAUAGCUCAUCUAACUCUGACUCUUGGAGAGUAUAGGGUUGUUCAUCCUUUCAGCACCUGACCCAGAAGGGUUUCUGGUUCUCCUUCUCCCAUCUUGCUCUGGAUGCUGCUGUUGCUUGUGCCACAGAGAAAAAUGGGUAGUAUCCACUGUAGGAAGUAACCCAAAGGGGAGAACAGUCUCUUCGGAGCACAA